UUUAUUCCUGCCACCACCAUGAACACGAUUGUUCUUCCACCCCCUGAGCUUGCUCCCAGCCACGUUACCGCGAUGCAAAGGAAACCUUGUACUGCAUGUGGGGUACGGCUAGCUCCACUACGAUAUACCCGUUGCACGUUGUGUCGGACGGUCCAGGCCACCAAAAACACGUCGGAAAACAUGGCCAUCCCCCAGAAACGAAAGGUCUCCAACUUGGAAGAAGAAGAAGCUGAGGACUCGGCGCUUGUUUUGUUGCGCCUCCGAAAGCGCUACAAGUUGAUGGUUUUGCCACCGCCUCCCACUAUUACUCCAACAAAGACCCACCGGACCAAAUAUGCCGAUGCACCCGCGAUUUUCAGAGCUGUCGCUCAGGCACAAACCAAUCCGACCACUGCACCGUUAAAUUUUUCUGGGACAUUUGCAAUCGUUGCGACACCUGAUGUGGACCACGAAAGUCGCGUCCGUUUGGUUUCCCGCGAGCUCAGACGUGCAACCUCAGUCCAGUUCGACACGGACGAAGGUAUCGUUAUACCCAGCUCGGGCUCGACACGCAAAUUCACUCUCUGUUUCAAAUGCAAUUGCCACAAUGGUCGUCCCCUUGUGAGAACGAAGUCUAAGGACCUCUUCGCAUACUUCACAUCGUCGAAAAAGAAGGGAAAUAGCACUGCUUCUCAGGAGACCCAGAGCAGUCCGCCCACACAACCGACCGGUCCACCAUGCGAAGGAAUUACUAUUAUCAGCGCCGAAGACGACACAUCUCACCCAAGAUUUAUGGGCCAACGAAUCAAGCUAGCAAUCAAGCACCCCAAAGCUUGA